CAUUAAUGGAGCCUGAAUUCCUGUUUGUUAUUGCCCAUAGCACGCUAGAUCUUGUUCAUGCAAAGAAUGACCUCGGUCAUUGACUCCCGAACAGCAAUCCGAGUCAGCUCAACUCUCAACCGAGAUGUCAAGGCGUACGGAAAACAUUUCUUGACCGAUGGUAACGAUGAAACAUGCUGGAAUUCCGACCAAGGGACACCGCAGUACAUUUCCAUGGACUUUUCGCCGCGGAGUGUAUUGGUCUCCGAACUGCGUAUUAUGUUCCAAGGCGGGUUUGCCGGAAAGGAAUGCAAAUUGGUUGGCGUGGCGGAUCAUAGGCGGCCAGAAGAAGAGCAGUGGGAAGACUUGCUAAAUUUCUACCCAGAGGAUAGCAACAGCUUGCAGGUAUUUCCAAUAAAGGAAGGUGCGAGUAAGCAGCCGUGGAGGAAAUUGAGGGUUAUCUUCUUGAACAGUACCGAUUUUUAUGGUAGGGUUACCAUAUAUCGAUUAGAAGUUGUAGGGGAGGCAAAUGGCUGAACUGUAGGUGCCAUGUGCUGGCCACUGUACCAUACUGUAGAUCAGAGGGUAGAUUCCUCAAGAAGGAUGACAAAGACAAGAGAAUAUUAUAUAUAUGCUGAUAUUUCAUUACACUGGCUGUCCAAGCAAUGUGAUAUAGAGCAGAUUUU